AUGUCCGUUCGACUUCUCCAUCCUGAUGAGUAUGAGCUCCCCGAGCGGUCGUCCAUUGAUUCUCAGGAAACCUUCAAUCUCGAUGACGCCGACUUCGCCUCGCAUCUCCUGAACAAGACCAAUGGUCUUCGACGCGAACGGUCCUUUUUAUCACGCCUGCUAUCAGCAUCGCUAUCCGGAUUCCGUCGAAUAGCACGCUCUCCGCGACAAUCGAGACGGCGUGCAGCAUGUCGUGGUCGUCGGAUAUGCUUUGUCCUUCACGUGCUCACGGUAGUCCUCGUCGCCCUCAUCAUCUUGACCUUCAUCUUCCGACCGUCGUACACGCAUCUGCCACCGCAUUAUAAAUCUCUGCGACAGUCGGUGCUACAGUCAAAUACUCCUGGUAGGGGCAACCCCCGGAACGAGAAAGUGUUUAUCGCAGCCAGCCUGUUCGACCAGGGAGGGGAACUGGCACGAGGGCAAUGGAGCCAGGCGGUGCUAGACCUGAUCGAUCUGCUGGGGGAGGAUAACGUGUAUUUGAGCAUCUACGAAAACGAUAGUGGGGAAGAAGGAGAGCGUGCUCUUCGCGAGUUUGACGAGCGCGUCCCAUGCAACAAAUCCAUCGUAUUUGAGGAACAUUUCGACCUCUCGGUGCUUCCGACGGUGACUCUUCCUGAUGGGUCAGUUCGGACAAAACGAAUCGCGUAUUUGGCUGAGGUCCGGAACCGAGCUUUGCGCCCCCUUGACGAAGACCUUGAUACCCGAUAUGAUAAACUCCUCUACUUAAACGACGUGUACUUCGACCCCUUGGACGCAGUGCAGCUUCUAUUUUCGACAAACAUUGGUGCUGAUGGGGCGACGCGAUACCGAGCCGCCUGUGCAGUCGAUUUCAUAAACCCAUUUAAAUUCUACGAUACUUUUGCCACCCGCGAUCUGCAAGGCUACAGCAUGGGACUACCUUUUUACCCCUGGUUCACAUCAGCCGGCGCGGGUCAAAGCCGACAGGAUGUGCUGGACCAGAAAGAUGCAGUCCGUGUCCGCAGUUGCUGGGGUGGUAUGGUAGCUUUCGACGCGAAGUAUUUCCAAGGGCCUGGGACGAGGCAAGACGGCAAGAGCCCUCGUGAUCGAUCCGCUGAGAGGCGAUUCUUCCAAACCACAGACAUCCCACCAAAGGGGGAGCGACGUGGUCCUGUUCGGUUUCGCGCGGAAAAGGAUCUUUUCUGGGAGUCGUCUGAAUGUUGUCUUAUCCAUGCGGACAUCCAGGAUACUCCGACGAGUGUCGACGAGAUCUCAGACACCGGAAUCUACAUGAAUCCCUUCAUCCGGGUCUCCUAUGAUCCCGGAACUCUCUCCUGGCUUUGGAUUACCCGGCGUUUGGAGAAGCUUUAUUCGGUCGUUCACGAUGUUGCCAGCAGCAUCGCAGGCUUGCCUAUGUACAAUCCCCGCCGCACGGAGAUUGAGGGCGACCAGGUGGAAGAAAAAGUUUGGAUGCCUAAUGCGAAGGGCGACGGAGAUGGUUCCUUUGUAACCGUCAAACGCAUUGCCCACAACGGCGGAUUCUGUGGUCGCAGAGAUCUCCAGGUUGUGGUCAUGAACCGUGAAAAAGGGCAAGAUGGCUGGGAGUCGAUUCCCGUUCCACCACAGUAA